AUGGCCACUAACAACGCCGCCUGGAUUAAAGAGGCGAAAGCCCACCCUUUCGUGGUCGAGCCCGCUCCCGUUUGGACCCCAGAGGCUAACGAGGUUCUCGUGAAAAACCAUGCCGUCGCUAUCAAUCCCGUCGAUGGCUCCCUCCAAGCUGCCGGCUGGUGGCCUCUCGAUUACCCCACCGUGCUAGGCCAGGAUGUUUCCGGUGUUAUCGCUGCCGUUGGCCCUAGUGUCUCCGCCUUCAAAGUGGGCGACCGUGUUGUUGGCCAUGCUCUUGGCAUGGCUAGCAAACGUAGACAGGAUGGUGGUUUCCAAGAGUACACAAUUCUGCAGACUAAUAUGACAACCUUGCUCCCCGAUAACAUCCCCUUUGAGAAGGCUGCAGUCCUCCCUCUGGCUCUAUCUACUGCCGCCUGCGCUCUCUACCAAGAGACCCACCUGAAGCUUCAACUCCCUACCGUCCCCCCGCAAAAGCCCACAGGUAAGACGUUGGUUGUCUGGGGUGGCUCCUCAGCGGUUGGAAGCAAUGCCAUCCAACUCGCCGUGAAUUCCGGCUACGAAGUCGUCACUACCGCGUCCCGCAAGAACUUUGACUACGUGAAGAAGCUAGGUGCCAGCCAAGCCUUUGACUACUCUAGCUCAACCGUCCAAGACGACUUAAUCAAGGCCCUCGAGGGCAAGACUACCGCUGGCGCUCUCGACUGCAUUGGAGGUGCGCCUCACGGAAUCCUGCAGCAGGUCAUCGCCAACUCCGAGGGUGUAAAGGCUGUGGCGUCUACUAAGCGGGGUUGGCCUGAGCCACCGGCGGGAGUUACUAUGUACUCCAUCUUCGGCACCUCCCUUAGUAGCAACUUCGUUGGAAAGGCGAUCUACAACGACUUCUUACCUGCGGCGCUGAGAGAAGGUACUUUCGUACCAGCACCUGAACCAAAGAUCGUCGGCAACGGCGUCGAGAAGAUACAAGAGGCUGUUGACUUGAUUAAGAAAGGUGUCUCGGCCACCAAAUUGGUUGUCACUCUCUGA